AUGCCUCAACCCAAGAAUGCUUUUGCGGACGACGAGUCCUUGGAGAUGGGCAAGCUACCCCAGAAGCCAAAACAUAACGUCUUCCUUCGCGUCUGUGGUGCUCCGUGGAAGGAGCUUUCUACACUGGAAAUGUCUAUGAGAGUUGUUGGCUGGUUGGUUUUUUGGGUCGUGAUAGGUGUCAUUAUUGGUCUGAUCAUCCGGUUUACAUGA